AAAGAAAUAGGAGGCGUUAUAUAUGGAGCGCCCUUCGUACGUGUGGCCUUACUGUUGCAGGAAACCAGAGUUGAAGGGCAAAAGCCUAGAGGCAGACGAUGACGACGAUGCAGCGGACCCUUCCCCGGAUAUACCCACUGCCGGUGUCCGGAAACUGAAGCCCUGGUUGCGGUACACUAAGAUGUUUGCCCUGUUCAUGGUCUGGCUAGUGUUUACGAUGGUGCUCAUAACGAAAAGGGAGAAAGAGAACAGGAUGCACCAAAUAUCAAUUCCUGAAGGUGAAAUCAGAAGUUACUGGCUGAGGGAACACCCCACAAACCGGAUGUUAGAGCUGGCGCUCCGUGGAGCCUUCCUACCCGCGUAUUAUGCCAAUAUGUCCACAAACUAUCUCUCUGUAUGGAUUCAGCUUGUUGAAGUCGCCCCCGGUUUUCAGCCAGUUGCCAACCUGUCCGCCUUCAACGAAAAUAGUAUUAUCUCCAUUAUGAAUAUUAGUGAGACCUGGAAGAUUCCUACCGUUUCCAAGGAGCUGCUUGAUUUCGUGCCAGAUGUCGUAAACAGAAAAGUGUUCAGUUUCAAGGAUUUCGACGUCGGGCUCAUUCCUCGCAGUAUACUUCGCACAGAAAUGAAGACAAAUAUGGACGCCAGUUUCCCAUUAGCUGUUUCCUUCGAUGUGUCGCCUAUCGACACUAACAGCGGCAUCGUAUACGCUGCCAUAGUGCUGCUGGGGCUCUACGUCCUCAUCGUUCUGGAGAUCACGCAUAGAACCCUGGCCGCCAUGUUGGCGUCCACCAUGUCUGUGGCUAUCCUGGCAGCCAUGAACGAGAGACCGACGAUGGCAGAACUGAUCUCGUGGAUCCACGUAGAGACCCUGCUACUGCUCUUCUCCAUGAUGAUGCUCGUCGCAAUUCUCUCUGAGACCGGCAUCUUCGACUACUUGGCCGUCUACGCCUACAAGAUAACAAACGGAAAAGUGUGGCCUCUGGUGAACACCCUGUGUCUCAUCACUGCUGCACUGUCCACGUUCCUGGACAACGUGACGACUGUACUGCUCAUGACGCCAGUUACCAUCAGGCUGUGUGAGGUGAUGGAAUUGAACCCGGUACCUGUACUGAUGGCGACAGUUAUCUACUCCAACAUCGGAGGCAGCAUCACUCCCGUGGGAGACCCUCCUAACGUCAUCAUAGCCUCCAACCAGGACGUGAUCGAUUCCGGUGUUAACUUCAGCGUGUUCACCCUGCACAUGGGCGUGGGCGUCAUGUUUGUCAUGGGCAUCACUUAUAUGUUCAUGCGGGUCAUGUUUCGGAACAUGAACAAGCUGCGCUUCACGGAGCCACAGGACGUCCGAGAGCUACGUCACGAGAUAGCAGUUUGGCAAAGAGCAGCAGCUUCGUUGUCUUCGUAUUCGCAAGACGAGGACACAGUUCGAAGCUCGCUGUUGAAGAAAGUUCGCAGUCUCAUGCAAGAGCUGAAGAGGAAGCUGGUCACUGGCAGUGUUGCGGUCGACACUUACAAAGCCAACUUAGAGGAGCUCCGUGCAAGGUACCCCAUCCGCAACAAGGCGUUGCUGGCCAAAUCAGGGGUUUCCCUGCUCUUUGUGGUCGUGCUCUUCUUUCUGCAUUCCGUACCCAACUUGAAUCUGUCCCUGGGCUGGACAGCCCUUCAUGGAGCAUUGUUGCUGCUGAUCCUGGCGGACAACGAGGAAAUGGAGGGUGUGCUGGCUCGCGUGGAGUGGGGGACGCUGCUCUUCUUCGCUUCGCUCUUCGUUCUUAUGGAGGCCUUGUCUCGUCUGGGGCUCAUCAACUGCAUCGGACGGCAGACGGAGGCCGUGGUUCUUGCUGUCAAUGAGGAGUGCCGGCUGGCAGUCGCCAUACUGCUCAUCCUGUGGGUCUCUGCCCUCGCUUCCGCCUUUGUCGACAACAUCCCGCUUACUACCAUGAUGGUCCGAAUUGUUUCUAACCUCAACCAAGAGCUCGACCUGCCCCUGCAGCCCCUAGUGUGGGCACUGGCCUUCGGAGCGUGUCUUGGAGGUAACGGGACACUCAUUGGUGCGUCAGCAAACGUCGUGUGUGCUGGGGUGGCCGAGCAGCACGGAUACAGGUUCACUUUCAUGGAAUUCUUCAAAGUGGGUUUCCCGGUGAUGUUGGUCAGUGUCACCGUGGCUUCAGUGUAUCUUCUGGUGUGCCACGUGGCUCUUCAGUGGCACUAAAUCAAAACAGCUUCUUUCGACAUUUUAGUGUAAAUAUUACGUAGUUA